CGUGAAUUUUGAUCCUGCGAGGCCACAAAUACCAUCGAAUUCGCCCUAUUCGCUUGACGUUUCCCGAGAAAUCAGCUUCAAACUCCAAUCCCUCUCAAUUUCUUCUCUCCUCACCUUGCUUUCACAAAAACACAAACACAGACGCCCUUUUUUCCCCCCCUUCUGCCACAAAACGAGGUGAGAAUAAAGUGCGUGGUUUACGACGUCGCCAUAGACUGGAAAGAAUCAGAGAAUGGUUUCCUAUGUUAACAUUCUGCUGUACGGAGUUGGGGGCUUAGUGGUGGCCGGUAUGGCAUUGCUGGUGGCGUUGCAGGAGAAGCUUGUGUACGUGCCCGUCGUGCCUGGCCUCACCAAAUCCUACGCCAUCACUCCCGCUCGCCUCAGGCUCACUUACGAGGACAUCUGGCUCAGAUCCUCCGAUGGCGUGCGUCUUCACGCCUGGUUCAUCAAGCUCUUACCUGAGUGUCGAGGUCCAACCAUUUUGUUUUUCCAAGAAAAUGCUGGAAAUAUUGCUCAUCGUCUUGAAAUGGUGCGCAUAAUGUUGCAGCGGUUAAAUUGCAAUAUUUUCAUGCUUUCAUACCGAGGUUAUGGAGCAAGUGAUGGCUAUCCUUCACAGCAUGGUAUUACUAUGGAUGCUCAGGCUGCAUUAGACCAUCUUUCUCAAAGGGACGAUGUUGACACAUCUAGAAUAGUUGUAUUUGGAAGGUCACUUGGCGGCGCUGUUGGAGCUGUGCUAGCAAAAAAUAACCCUGAUAAGGUUGCGGCACUGAUACUGGAGAAUACUUUUACAUCAAUAUUGGAUAUGGCUGGUGUUUUAUUACCUUUUCUGAAGUGGUUUAUUGGAGGAAGCAGCUCUAAAGGUCUUAAAAUUCUCAAUUUUCUUGUACGCUCUCCAUGGAAUACUGCUGAGAUUGUUGGCCAGGUUAAGCAGCCCAUCCUUUUUCUCUCGGGGUUGCAAGAUGAGAUGAUCCCACCAUCACAUAUGCGAAUUCUCUAUGCCAAGGCAGCUGCUCGUAAUAAUCGAUGUCUCUUCGUGGAAUUUCCUACUGGCAUGCAUAUGGACACAUGGCUAGCUGGUGGCGAUAACUACUGGAAAACAAUUCAGGACUUCCUUGAACAGCAUGCUUCAGGGGAAAGGGAAAGCAGUUCAACUACAAACAGUAACGAUAUUGGGGCGAGGUGAUUGGCUAUAAGUAGAUUAUUUCGAUGAUAGUAAUUCGCUAACUAAGGAUUCAAACAGUUUCUGCCCUAUGAAGUUAUACCCGCCUUGAGCUCUCUGUGAUGCCGGUGCCUGCCGCUCCAAGUCAGACUUUUUCAUGGCACAAUUUGGGUUGUGGAUUACAGAACUUGGAAGAUGUGAGGCAAUUUAUGAUUCCUUUUUCUUUAAUGUACUGCUACCUGAUGGGGUCUGGAUCCCUGCUGAACUCUGACAGAUGACAAUAUUAUAUAUAAAAUUUUGCCAAAGGUAAUAUGUAUCUUAGCCUCAUGUUUGUCUAUAUACCUUUUGUUUUCCUUACGUUUUCACACUAUAGAUUCCAAAGCACACUUGGGCUA